AUAAAUUAGAAACUUAGCCCUCAAAUAACCUAAUAUAAAGUUCGCUCAUAUGAAAAUUUAAACUCAAAACCUUAGGAUACUACUCAGAUCACUGCAACCACUAGACAUGUCCUUUUACGCUUAUUUUCUACAAUAACAACUAUACGCGAGAGCUACAUUUUUGUCUUCGUUUUAAUCACGUCAACCAGCAUUUUGGCUUUUCCAUCAACACAAAUUAUUCGGCGAUGUUAAAUCACUGUCAUUGGACACAAGCGGAUCGAGCCGAGUACACUCGUUCAGACAUGGAGCUCUCGUCGCUUGCUGCUCUGUUGCACUCACCCCUCCUCCUUGCCGUGCUCCUGCUCGUCUUCUCAUGGCUGAUCGUCUCGUCGACCAAGAAGAGGCCUCCUCCGCCCUGCGGCGAUGGCGGCCGGCGGCUGCCGCUGCCACCGUCGCCGCCGGGUGUCCCGCUACUCGGGCACCUCCCGCUUCUUGGCACCUUGCCGCACCGGAAGCUCCGGUCGAUGGCCGAGGCGCACGGCCCGGUGAUGCUGCUGCGGCUCGGCCGCGUGCCCGCCGUCGUGGCGUCGUCGGCGGCCGCGGCUGAGGAGGUGAUGAGGACCCGGGACCUGGCGUUCGCGAGCCGGCCCAGGGUGCGCAUGUCGGAGCGGCUCUUCUACGGCCGCGACAUGGCGUUCGCGCCCUACGGCGAGUUCUGGCGCCAGGCGCGCCGCGUCACCGUGCUCCACCUCCUCAGCCCGCGCCGCGUCCUCUCCUUCCGCGGCGUCCGGGAGCAGGAGGUCGCCGCGCUGCUGGACCGCGUCCGGCGCCGCUGCGGCGGCGGCGGCGAGACCGUGAACCUGAGCGACCUGCUCAUGUCCUACGCCCACGGCGUCAUCUCCCGGGCGGCGUUCGGCCACGGCGGCGCGCACGGGUUCGACGGCGACGAGGGGGGAGAGAAGCUGAGGAAGCUGUUCGCCGACUUCGAGGGGCUUCUCGGGACGAUGACGGUGGGGGAGUUCGUGCCAUGGCUGGCGUGGGUGGACAAGCUGACGGGCCUUGACGCCAAGGUGGCGCGCACGUCGGCGGCGAUGGACGGCUUGCUGGAGCGUGUCAUCGCGGACCACCGCGAGCGGCGGCGCAGCCGCGGCCAGGCGGUCGGCGACGGCGAGGCGGACGCUGAUCACCGGGACUUCGUGGACGUGAUGCUGGACGUGAGCGAGGCGGAGGAGGGCGCCGGCGCCGGCGCCGGAGGAGUGCUGUUCGACACUGUCGCCAUCAAGGCCGUUAUCCUGGACAUGAUGGCCGCCGGCACAGACUCCAGCUUCACCACCACGGAAUGGGUCAUGGCGGAGCUCAUCAACCAUCCACGCGUGAUGCGCAAGCUGCAGGAUGAGAUUCGCGCGGUCGUGGGCACAUCGAGUGCAUCCGCCGCCGCCGCCGCCACCGGCGGCGGCCAAGUCACCGAGGACCACCUCGGCGAGCUGCCCUUCCUCAGGGCCGUGAUCAAGGAGAUGCUCCGGCUGCACGCGCCGGGGCCGCUUCUCCUCCCCCGCGAGACGGUGGAGGACACGGAGCUGCUGGGCUACCGCAUCCCGGCGCGCACGCGGGUGAUCAUCAACGUGUGGGCCAUCGGCCGCGACGCGGCGGCGUGGGGUGAUUCCGCGGAGGAGUUCGUGCCGGAGCGGUGGCUCGAUGGCGGCGGCGGUGGCGGCGUGGAGUACGCGCAGCAGCUGGGGAAGGACUCCAGGUUUGUGCCGUUCGGCGCCGGGAGGAGAGGCUGCCCCGGCGCCGGGUUCGCCGCGCUGAGCGUCGAGCUGGCGCUCGCCAACCUGCUGUACCACUUCGACUGGGAGUUGCCACCGCCGGCGGCCAGCGGGAUCAUGGCGACGACGAGAUUGGACAUGGACGAGCUGUUCGGAUUGUCCGUGCGUCUCAAGGCGGAUCUGAAUCUAGUUGCCAAGCCGUGGUCUCCUGGAGCAUCUUAAUUAAUUUCUCUGUAUACUAUAUCUCAUUAUAAAUUUAUUAUGUUUUCUAUGUGUUUCAAACUUUCAUUUGUGUGACUGCGUUGAUGCUGCUUAUGUAUGUAUGUAUGUAUGUAUGUAUAUGAGUUUGCACAGUGAAUGUUUUUGUUUUAUAAGUAAAGGAAUAGAUUUAUUCCAAUCUCUGCA